AGUCCUUUCACUCAACUUUACUCACUCCCUGCCGUCCCGGUAUUACCAACGUCCAUGCCCGCCGCGCUAAACGCCGCGGCUUAUGCCGCAGCAAUCGCUUCCAUGGUGCUUUGCAGCGCAAUUGACGACGGCUGCUCAGCGGCCACUGCAUCCCACCUGCUACAGCGUCAGUCGCGAAUGCUCAGGAGUCCAAAAGCACGGGAGGUGCUGCUCCAGAGCGCUAAUAGCCGUGCCUGCGGAAAGCUAGAGAUUGCACAGGUGCCUGCACUGGCGGCACAACCACUGAGACAUAUCCAUUGGCUGCAUUUUCCCAAAGCGGGAACCAGCUUUUUGGCAACCAUUUGGAACUUCGCCUGCGGUCAGAGGAUCCCCUUAGACUUAGCGGUGAGUCCCAGGGCGGUGCCCGGCUGCGAGCAAUGCUACGACGUGGCCCUGCUGGAUCGCUACCCCGCGGAGACCUACUGUGAGGAUGGUUACCUCAGCGAAGAUUUCUCCACACAGCACAAGCCUGUGACUGCCUUGGACAUGCGCCAGAAGGAUUGGAGCGUCGUGGGGCUCUUCCGUCGACCCAGUCAGCGCUUGAUUUCCGCCUUCUACGACAACCUGCAUGCCUCCGGCAUGAGCGGCGACGAGUUCAGCGACCUCUGGCAGGCCUGUGGCGCCAAGGGUGAGAACUCAGCGGCCUGCUAUGCGCGGUAUCCAGGCAUCGCGGGCUGCACGGCGCGGAUGCUCACGGGCGGCAGCUGCGCGGAGUCUGCGGCGGAUCGGUCGCUGCUGAGCAGCUUCGACGGAGGGAAGGCGCGCUUGGAAGAGGCCUUGAAGAUGGUCAAGGAGAUGACCUUCCUCGGCCUGACCGAGGAGUGGGACCUCUCGGUGUGCCUCUUUCACCGCAUGUUCGGCGGCAGCGUGAGCGCCGCGCAGCUGGUGGAUUUUCAUCAGGGAUCCCUCCAUCAAGACGAACUCUACGACGAGGCGCAGCUUGCAGGCUUCAUCGACGAGGUGGAUGAAGAGAUUUAUGAGGCCGCCUCCAAGCGCUUUCAUGAGCUUCUCAGGCUCCACGUGGGCGACCUGAACAUCUGUGACACCUUGGUGCAGCAAGCCACUCGCAUGACUGAAGAGCCUGCUGGCACAGCUGUCCAGAGUGCUUGUGACUGUGCCAGCAUUGGUCGGCAGUGUGGCGUGUCGCAGGGCCUGAGCUGUGGCCAGUGCCCGGGGAAACGUUUGGACUUCGAUGGUUUGGGUCCGGCGAACCUCACCUGCGACGUGUCGGGGCAAUGCCUGGUGGACGGCCAACCACGGCCAAAGCUGUUCGACUGGAAGUUCUAGCGAAGCUGUUCGGACGCAGAGAUGCACUUUGGAAGCUUUCAGGGCCAAGACUGUCACAGGAGACGGCGGCGAACGGACGUCAGUGGUGUGAGGCACCCUGUGAGGCGCAAAUCUGGAUCACCUGUGAUGGCAAG